AUGGUUGCAGGUGUUCAGAUUCACACAAAGGUCGCUCAGGACGCCCAGUCUGAAAUCCUUACCGAUGGCGCAGUUGCAUUUCUCGCUGCACUUCAUAGAACCUUCGAGUCUACCAGGCAGAGCCUCCUAGCCGCGCGCGAUGAUGCACAGCGCAGGUUUGACUCAGGAGUACCUCUUGACUUUCCUCCUGAAACUGCCCACAUCCGUGCUGAACCUUCGUGGCACUGUGCACCCCCUGGACCUGGUCUCGAAGACAGACGCGUUGAGAUCACUGGUCCUACUGACCGGAAGAUGGUCAUCAAUGCUCUGAACAGUGGUGCAAAAACCUUCAUGGCAGACUUCGAAGACUCUAGUGCUCCCACAUUCGCAAACAUGAUCGUUGGUCAAGUCAAUUUGCGGGAUGCAAUUAACCGACAAAUCGACUUCUCAUCCAGCGGCAAGCAAUAUAAGCUAUCUGAGAACCCAGCUGUGCUUCUUGUCCGACCUAGGGGCUGGCACUUGGACGAGACGCGUGUCACGGUCGACAAUACCCCUAUCUCAGGGUCUCUCUUUGACUUUGGGCUCUACUUCUACACUAAUGCUCAUGAGCUCAUAAAGCGUGGCUCGGGUCCCUACUUCUAUCUUCCCAAAAUGGAGCACUAUCUCGAGGCCCGUCUGUGGAAUGACGUCUUCGUCUUUUCACAAUCCUAUAUUGGAAUUCCUCAUAACACAAUCAGGGCAACCGUCCUCAUCGAGACGCUCCCCGCAGCAUUCCAGAUGGAAGAAAUUCUCUUUGAGCUCAGAAAUCAUUCUUCCGGACUCAAUUGCGGAAGAUGGGACUAUAUAUUUAGUGCAAUCAAAAAGCGCAGGGCUGACAGAAGUGCCGUGUUACCAGACAGGAAGGACGUUACUAUGACCGUGCCCUUCAUGGAUGCAUAUGUGCGUCUUCUGAUUCAAACUUGCCAUAGGAGGAAGGUUGCUGCUAUGGGCGGCAUGUCUGCACAAAUCCCUAUUAAGGAUGACCCUAAAGCCAACGAGGUGGCAAUGGAGAAGGUCCGAGCAGACAAGCUUCGCGAGGUCACGGCUGGCCAUGAUGGAACUUGGAUUGCGCACCCCUUGAUCAACCAGAUCGCUCGUAAGGUAUUUGAUGAAAAUAUGCUUGGUCCUAACCAGUAUCACGUCCGACGGGAGGAUGUGAAAGUCGCUGCCACGGACUUGCUGAGCUCCAAUGUUCCCGGAAAGAUUACCGAGGACGGCAUUCGCUCUAAUGUUUCUGUGGCUCUCGCCUACUGCGGAGCUUGGAUCGGCGGCAAUGGCUGCAUCCCUGUCAGCUACUUGAUGGAGGAUGCUGCUACUGCUGAGAUCGCACGUGUGCAACUCUGGCAGUGGGUGAAGUACAGUUCACGUCUUGACACUGGCGAGCAGAUUACCGCGUUGUAUAUCGACCGCAUCAUCGCAGAGCAAGCACCUGGCGUCCAGAAGAUCGCCCCAAGCGUCAAGGAUGACCACUUGAAAAUUGCUACGAAGUAUCUCAUGGAUCAAGUCAGACAACAAUGGCCAAGCGAGUUUUUGACGAGUGACUUGAUGCCGUACUUGACGAUGGCUGAUGGUGUUGAGGACAAGUGGCAUAGGAGUGUUCUGUAA